ACCAAAAAAUGGAAAAACCCAUCCCCUCAGAAAACAAAAGAAAAACCCCAAAACCCUCAAUCCAGCUAAACCCUAACGCUUUUGUACUUGUGUUUAUUGCUGGUUAAUUUCCAAUAGCUAUUAACCAGAAAGACUCAAAAGCUUUCUCUCGCUGGUCUCUAAAGAAGAUGGCUCGUGUUCAAAGUAAGAAGAGGAAGUUUGCUGCGAAGCCAAUUGUGAAAAAGGAACAUGGCAAUGUGGAUCAUAUUACUGGUGAUAAGAUCCCAAAGAGCUUUGUAUUUGCCAGAGGGAAGUUACCUGGUCCUCUCAGGCAACUUCAGAUGGACCUAAGAAAACUCAUGCUUCCCUAUACAGCUCUCAACCUUAAGGAGAAGAAGCGAAAUACUCUGAGAGACUUUUUAAAUGUUGCAGGGCCUAUGGGCGUCACACAUUUUCUUAUGUUGUCAAAAACUGCCACUGCACCUUAUCUGAGGGUUGCAAGGACCCCGCAGGGGCCAACUCUUACAUUUAAGAUACUUGAGUACUCAACAGCACUUGAUGUUGCUCAGUCACAACUGCGCCCUCGAUGCCCUCAGGAUCUUUUUAAAAAUCCUCCCUUGAUUGUUCUUUCUGGUUUUGGUUCAGAACAACAUUUGAAGCUCACAGCUAUAAUGUUUCAGAAUAUCUUCCCAGCCAUUGAUGUUAACACUGUCAAACUUUCCUCUUGCCAGAGAAUUGUUUUACUUACGUAUAACAAGGAUACAAAACAUACUGAUUUCCGGCAUUAUUCCAUUAGACUCCAACCUGUGGGUGUCACCCGAAGAAUCAGAAAGUUUGUGCAGAACCACGAAGUCCCUAAUCUCAGUGGUCACCAAGAUGUGAGCGACUUUAUCACCAAGUCUGGUUAUGGAUCAGAAAGUGAAGCAGAUGAGGAAGCAGCAACAGUGACCCUGGCUAAUGAUCUUAGUAGAGUUAAUAGAGCCUCUACAAAAAGUGCUGUCAAACUUCAGGAACUCGGACCCAGAAUGACUCUGCAACUCAUUAAGGUUGAGGAAGGAUUGUGUUCUGGUGCUCUCAUCUUUAAUGAAUAUGGCACUACCAGUGACAAGACAAAGCAGCAAGAUGAAAAUAAAAAUCAAGAGGACUCUGAAGAGAAUCACAGUGAUGAUAAUGAGGAUGAGGAUCUUGAAGAAAACGAGGAACACAGGGACUAAAGAAAAUUAUUUUCCAGAGCAUGCACAUAAAUGACGUCAAUGUUGGUGGUUUUGAAAAAUGUGGUCAGAAGAUGAAUGUGCCCAGAUGAGCAGUUGUCGUGCAGAGGGAUAUAUUUUUUUUCGUUAAGGUUUUGAAAUAGUAAUAGAGCUGCGGUAUCAUAUAUAAUCUUGUUUACAUAGAUUAAUUACUUUGCGAAAAGAUGCUUGGCCUCGGGAUAUCUUUCUCGAUGGUACUGAGAAAGCUGUAACCUUUUGUAAUUUGAAAUGCCCAGAAAAAAGCAUAGGAAAAACAUACUUUCUUGGUCGCCAAGUGCUGUAUGCAAAUUGAAAAUUGAUAGGCAUCUCUCAAGUUUCCAAUUUAAGUUUGAUGGUUCAUUUUUA